AAGAGAAAAAAAUUCAUAAUGGUUGUUAUCGACCGAAAAAAUAAUUGCUGCUUAAUCUUUCCGUUAAAAGCUGGUGUCAAAAUUAUAUUAUUAUUAUUUUUAAUAUAUGAAUUGGCUAAAGCUAUACGCCUUAUUAUCCUUCUCGCAUCAGAUAAAUCGUUAAGAAAUUCGUUGGAAUUUUCUCGUUCUGCAUAUUCUAUAAUUGUUGCUUAUGGGUUAAUAGCGAUUACAGCAGCAUUUGGAUUGUACGUUACGACAUGUGCGAAUACACCUAAAUUGUUAUCAAUAUAUUCCAAAAUAUUUUACGGAAUUGCAGGAUUUAACGUUUUUAAUAGUAUAAUGAUAAUUGUUGAAACAAUAACUUCUGCGAUAGAAUGUCCGAAAUUAAAUAAUCCUAAUGAAAAUUCAGAUUAUUCUUAUUUGUGCAAAGAUAAAUUAAUAUUUAUUCUUCCUGGUUACAUUAUUUCAAUUAUUUUAUCGGUGUAUUUUGCUAUGGUAAUCUCAGCUUAUGCAUGUAAAAUGAAAGAUAAAGAUGAUAUAACAAAUCAAUUUAAUUUACAAGUUUAAAAAAAAAAAAAAAA